AUGGGGUUGAGUGGAGCAAAACUUGUAGCUACUCCACUAGACAUGAACACAAAACUAACUCCAGUGGAGCAUGCUAAAAUCAGUGGUUUAGAUGGUGAUGAAGAACUGGCAGACAAAGAAACUUACCAGAAACUUGUUGGGAAACUAUUAUAUUUAACACUCACCAGACCAGAUAUAUGUUAUGGAGUACAGACAUUAAGUCAAUAUAUGCAACAGCCUAAGAGAUCACACAUGAAAGGAGGAUUGAUAAUUGUAAGAUACAUCAAGAAUCAACCAGGACUUGGAAUUCUUAUGAGCAACAAGCAAUCUAAUAAUCUACAGGCAUUCUGUGAUACUGAUUGGGGAGCAUGCCCCAACACAAGAAGGCCAGUAACUGGUUUCUUAGUAAAACAUGGAGAUACUUUGAUAGCUUGGAAAUCCAAGAAACAAUCCACUGUUUCAAGAAGUUCAGCAGAGGCAGAAUAUAGAAGUAUGGCAUCAACAGUCGCAGAGAUUAUAUGGAUAACAGGUUUAUUUAGAGAAUUAGGAGAAGAAGUUAAUAUGCUAGUGGAUUUACUUUGUGAUAGUAAAUCAGCCCUAUAA